GUCGAAUUAAAAUUUUUUGUAUGUAUUAAAAUAUUUUGUAUGUAUUUUUAUAAUUAAUGUAGAGUAAGUACUGCAAAGAAUUAUUAAAUGAGCAGCUUUCAGUUUGGUGUACCUGGUGAAUCACUUCAUUGUCAAAUAUUAGGCCUUCUUGGAUUUUCACGUUUGUGUCAAGGAUUUACUUACGAGGUGCAUUUUAAAUUGUGUAAACAGAGUUGGAAAGCCAAGUGUAAACUAGAACCACUUGGUCAGUCAUGGGUUGAACCAGAAUUCACAUUCCAAAUAAAUUACAAUGAUGAUUUAAAAGUAAAGGUAUCAGAAAUUGGAUCUGCUGUUCGGCGAAGUCAAGUAAUUGGUUCGAUUGUUUGUCCUGUACAAAAUUUUUUGAACAUUACUCCUCAGGCAUAUCUUUUACCACUCAAUACAACAGGAACAAUCAAGUUGAAACUUGGUGCAAUAUGGAGACCAUGCAAUUCGGUGCGUUCUUCAAAUAUCGAGUACACAAAUAAUUACAGUAACAUGGUACCUCUUGCACACAGUUUAAGUGCUUCUUCACCCACCAGUCCUCAACCACCUUUUUUGGAUCCACAAAAAAGCGGAGGAAGUUUUCCUGCUGUUAUAAAUCAAUUGUCAAGUCGCAUAGAUAAUGAAAAAGUUAAUAAUGAUGAAGAUUUGAAAGCAAAAAGAAAUUCUCCGGCAUAUAGUCAAAGUUUUCUAUCUUCAGAUAAUAUAAGUAAAAACAGACAGUCAAGUAGUUUUAAGGAACUUAAAAAUGAAAAUGUGACAACUCCUCAACGUAAAGCAAGUUUAAAUGAUCCAGUUAACAAUAUCAAAACUACACAAGUUCCUAUUAAAUCAAACUAUUCUCCCACUGCCAAUAAAAUAACUAAUGUUCAAUCAAUAGAUCAAGUCAUAUCAAAUUAUAACAACAAGCAAAAUAAAGACAAUAUUUCUCAAAAUGAAACAGAUUCCUCUACGAAUGAUAGGAAUUUUAUAUCAUUAAAAAUGGAUGAUAGAUCAUCCAUUAAUGAAAUAAUUGAUGUAUGUCAGAGUAUUGUGCAGUCACUAAAACUUAAGCCAAAGAUUAUGGAACAAUGUACUUCACUUAUUUCACGCAUAUUUAUCGUUAAAGACUCAAUGAUGCAAUUAAAGAACAGCUAUGAACGAAAAGCUUCGCUCACCGACUCGAUAAGUGAUGCUCUUGAUACAUUUUCUUUUUUAUCUGAUUUGGAUGAAACUGAAAAAUCAUCCAAAACAGUAGAAAGUCAGCCUUCUAUACAAACCGUCACAAUUCUUCGCAAUCAAUGGAAAAAAUGUUAUAGAGUUCUCUAUCAUCAUGUAUGCUCCAUAAAAGAAGCCAUAGAUGCUUCACAACCAGCAAACUCUCCUUUAAAAGAAAUGGAGAAGAUUAUACUUCCUCAUAUUACUAAACAGUUGGAGUUUAUUAAUAUAAUAUUAAAAAUUGCUUCAACUCCUGAUGAGAUUGAACUUUCACAAGUUUGUUCAACAUAUUGUGGAAGUUCAACCUUAUCUAACACAUGGGAAGUAUCAUCGAGUUCAGCUCAACCUCUAUAUUGCACUGAAGAUUGCAUUAUAAACACUCUAAAAAUACUUGAAGAGCAUUCUCGUCGAAUAAACCCAUCUCAAGCUAAUGUUUGUCAUACUGAUGAAGUUUGUCGAAAAGCUUUAUCAAGACUUCAGGAAGGUUUUAAGAGCGACAAAGAAAUAUUGUCAUUGUUUCAGUUUAUCAACUUUUUCAAAAAAUUGAAGUCAAACAACGUCAGUGAUUUUUUAGUAAAACUUCGAAAAGAAGCAACAAUCGUUAACUUGUUACAAUCCAAAGAUGAUCUUAUUGUUCUUACUGCUUUACAUCAACUUGGAAAUGCGCUUGUUGAAAAUUCUAUAUUCCACCAAAUAUUAACACUGCUUGUAACAGGAAGCACACUUGUUAUUAAUGGUGCAGUAAAAAGCAUCAUUAAAAUGUUUGCGGUAGAAGCUAAUCAAAAUGAGAUGUUAAGCUUAAUUGCAGUCUCUUUAGAAGAAAAUGAUAUUUAUAUUCGUGCAGGAGCUUGUGUAGCCAUUGCAAAAUUAAAGAUUAUAUCUGCUACAACAAAACUGAAAUACUUGCUUCAAACAGAUCAUCUAACAGUAAAAGAGGCGGCAUCAAACGCUCUUAUUGAGCUGGGUCAACUAAAAACCUGAUGAGUUCUAGUUUAAAAAAGUUAGCACACCUAUCACAUACUGUUAAUAAUAAUCCGAGUUUCUUAAACGUAUUACGUAAUGAUAACGAAGUGACAAAAUUGGAAACAUCAAAAAUCCACACGUACUUAUAAUGAAAGAAAGAAAUCUUGUAUUUAUAAUGGAAGAAAGAAAACACCGAUAUACACCCAAA